AGAGUACAGUCCCCCUACUUAAGGUGAAUGUGCCGUCUCGUGGACUGCUAAGGGCAGGCUGGGGAGCACGGGGGCCGGGGCCGCGGCCAUGAACUCACCCGUGGACCCCGGCGCUAGGCAGGCGCUGAAGAAGAAGCCUCCCGAGCGGACCCCCGAGGAUUUAAAUACUAUUUAUUCUUAUCUUCAUGGGAUGGAAAUACUAUCAAAUCUCAGGGAGCAUCAGCUUAGAUUAAUGUCUGCAAGAGCACGCUAUGAGAGAUACAGUGGUAAUCAAAUUCUUUUUUGUUCAGAAACUGUUGCCAGAUGUUGGUAUAUUCUGCUUUCUGGAUCUGUGCUUAUGAAAGACUCCAUGGUCUUGCCUCCAUGCAGUUUUGGUAAGCAGUUUGGAGGAAAAAGAGGAUGUGAUUGUCUUGUAUUAGAGCCUUCAGAAAUGAUUGUGGUAAGAAAUGCUUCAAUUUCAACUUUAAAUGUA